UUUAAGAUAAACUUGGGAUUCGUCAAAACAAAUCUCUGUGGAUAUUGUUCGGGCAAUAUUGACCUGAGACAUCUGAAAAUUCAAUGAGCUUUUGUUGGUUCCGAAGAAUCACCGUAACAUGGAUGCAACGCGUGCUUUCGAAGAGGUUUCCAAAGUAGAGAUUGAAAAGGUACGAUUAUUUCUUAGACAAGAGGCAGAGAACAGAGUUGUUGAAGAGGAUGGAUUCACGCUGUUCGACUGUCUUGCAUUAAAUAUUAAGACCCUGUUGUUACGUUUACCAGAUCGAAAUAACACGGGAAAUGCUCACGUAACUACUAUUGAAGAUUAUACAAGCUCAGGUUUCAUUAAGCGAAGUGUUGUUGAUCUUCUGUCGAAACACAAGAAGCAAUCGGUAUUGACAAUACUUGUUGACAAUUUUCCACCAGAGGUUUUACCAAAUAGCCAGUCUGAAAGUAAAGAAAUUGAGGCUCAUUUAGAAAGAUUUUACCAAAGAGUUAUGGAAGAUUGUCAAAAGGAUGACAAAUACGUACCUUAUGCGAGGUUAUGUAUCUAUGCAGCAGCAACUUGUUUAAAUACUCCUAUAUACAUCCUUUGUGUAAGGGAGGCAAGGGAAAUGGAAUGGACUUACUUUAAACCAUUAUUCACAUUCCCAGGUCAACCAGCUUCUGUUUUCAGAUACGUGACUAUGUUCUUAUCUUCUGAUAAUGCUUUUCAUGGAGUAGAAUCGCACGACCAAUCUGCACGGGCACCAGUUGCAAGAGGUCUAGUCGGGAUGUAUAUGUCGAAAUUAAAAGAAACACCAGAAACAAGCAUUGUAGUUCCACCAGGGCUUUUAAACUUGCGAGAAUCUAAAAAGUGUGACAUAGUCAAAGGUGACAUGGUCAAUAGUGAAAUUGUUCGGAGAUGUUGUGAACUUUUGAAGACUAAAACUCUUUCCAAAAACGUCGACUUGGACAAGAUGUCGGCACACAGAGCCCCAAAGACUGAAUUUGCAGAGUUUGUCAAAAAUUCUGAAGAUGCGUUUUACAUUUUGUGCCAGGUGUUGCUCAAACGCUGCGAUAAGACUUUUCUAAAACUAUGCAUAAGUAACUGGAGCGACUUUGUAGGAUCAUGUGACUACCUUGCAAAGUAUGAUGCAUUGAUUGAUGUGGAUAGAGCAAUAUAUGAAAGAAAUAUUGGUGUGUCGGCUUUUGUGAGUUCUUGCACAGCUGGAGGACAAGAGUUGAAUGAAAGAAGAAGAAGAAUAACAACAACAGUGAUAGCAAGCUCGUCAGUCGGCAUUGUAUCAGGAGGUAUGGUCAUUGCAGGACUAGUACUUGCACCCGUCAGCUUCGGUGCAUCUUUAGGUCUUAGUAUCGCCGGAGGGGCUAUUGGCGUGGGUUCCGGGGUUGCAGCAGGAACUGCAAGGACCGUUGAAGCUGUAAAACAGAACUCUAAACUAAUGGAUAUCAAGGCGGAACAAGCCGAAAUUCAGGCAAAGGAACAGAGAAUAUCUUCAAUUCUUCAAAAAGUUGAAGAGUAUUUUACAAUAGAGAUUGCAAAUUCUAGAACGACGGAUGCUGAAGGUCCCGGAAUAAGCAGGCGCGGUUUUCUUGCUGUCGGAGCAGCUUUACGAGCUGGUCAUAGUGUAGCAGGUAUAGCUCUUGCAGCAGUUAGGUUAGGAACAGCUGCAACAGCUGUAGCGGCAGGUAUUCUUGGCCUUUGUCUUUGGUAUUUGAUGUUGCAUUUCUGGCAGAAGCAGCGCAUAAUAAACACCAAGGUGAUAUAACAAAUGCUGGGGAACUGUUGCAAGAUAUGGCUGACACAGUUGAUGUAAAAUGCAAAAUAUUUAACGGUAUACUUCGUGGAAAUUGCGGCGGACACACACGACUUAUUGAGUGGCCAGAUUAAUUGAUUGAAAUCAAGUGAAUGAAACAAAAUACGAUUAGCAUUGUUGUCAUUUAGUAUUUUUCUUACUCGAUCUUUUUCUAUCUUGUUAUUGUUUUUGUUUACGUCUAAUUUAAAUGCAUAUUAAAGCAAGAAUUAAUUUGCUGGUUAUGAAAUUUGUUAGAUAAAAGUUUGCAGAGAAUAGAAGUGACCUUAAAAUCAAUGUGAUAUUUAUAACUAAAACGUCACUUAUCAACAAUAACCUUGAAGGAAAAAGGCGAUAAGAGUUAUAAUAUCAUAUCCCUUUUGAAAUAUAUUUCUUUUUUAAAAUUUCUGUACGAAAGGCUUCUGUUAUACUAUCGGACUUUUGUGACAUGAAAUAACUAACUUUAGAUUACAGAAACAAACUCACAAUACUCUGGAGCUCUUCAACAUCAGUUUAUACGCCUAUUGGAUUUUACAAGAGUCCUCAACGAUUGUAUCUCUAUACUAUUCUAAAAAAUAUUUCGAUUAAAUAUUUUAAGAAUUGUGAUCUACUAAAACAUUGCAUUACAUAUUAGUUAUUGUUCAGAAAUUUAAUUAUAAUUUCUCGCAUUCUUUUUCUUUCUUUUUUUUCUCAAUUUAGUGCCAGCAAUUAGUAAAAUUGAUACAGCUCUAGAUCAAUUAUCUAUUAUACCUUAAAGACUUAGUGUAGUUGUUCAGCCGAAUAGUUAUAAAAUGUAUUUAAUGUAAUUCCAUUUUGAGUUAUCUUAAGGUCAUAUUUUUCUUUUGACACGGCACUUUAGAAUUUCAAAUAUGAAAUCAAAAUGGUAAGAUAUAAAUUAUUACACAACAUGAAAUUAUAUUCAUGUCAAUAUAUUCUAGAUGAAUUUAAAAAAAGGUAAUUUUGGUAUUUUGAAACUGCUGAAAUAACAUACUAACCUAUUUACCUACGUUUACGAAAAAAAUAAUGUUCACGUGAUAUGGUUGUUGCAUCUAAAUAUGUGCGCAUGUUCUAAAGAUUAGUUGAUUUAUUGAAUAAAGUAUUAAAUACACAUUU